AUCAUCGAACUUUCACUUGACAACACUUGAACCACUUCUCAAUUCAUCACCACCGUGCCGGAGACCGAGUUCCGGCGACAUCUCAACUCGGAACUCACUCCAUUUUUGUUAGUUCUCAAACGAAUUCUCUCAUUUUUCUUCUUCCUUGCUCAGAUUGGAAGAAGAAAAACUGAAAAUGAGUUCAGAAUUGACUUUCAGAGGACACGAGACACAGCAAGUGAACGACGAGUAUUCGCCGAAGCCAAACAAACCAUGGCUCUCCGAAAUUCGUCCGAUUCGCUACAUGCUUCGUGAACAGCGACUCGUUUUCGUGUUGAUUGGAAUCGUCAUAGCCACCUUAUUCUUCACACUUGCACCAUCCUCCUCUUCAACCUCAUCCUCCUCAUCCUCAUUUCCAACCGUCCGUUACGAGCCGCAUCCGAUCUCGUACUUCGAGCACGAAUCCAAACCCACGCCGUACCAGCAACGGUCUGCGGUGGUUCAUUCCUUCGGGAAAGUUCCUUUAGGGCUUAAGAGAAAGGGGCUUCGAAUCGUGGUGACCGGAGGUGCCGGUUUCGUUGGGUCCCACCUAGUGGAUCGGUUGAUUGAGAGAGGUGAUAGCGUGAUUGUUGUUGAUAAUUUCUUCACCGGAAGAAAAGAGAACGUUAUGCAUCAUUUUCGAAACCCUCGAUUUGAGCUUAUACGUCACGACGUCGUUGAGCCACUUUUGCUUGAAGUUGAUCAGAUCUAUCAUCUUGCUUGUCCUGCUUCACCGGUUCAUUACAAGUUCAACCCCGUUAAGACUAUUAAGACGAAUGUGGUGGGAACAUUGAACAUGCUUGGAUUGGCUAAGAGAAUUGGAGCUAGAUUCUUGCUUACAAGUACCAGUGAGGUUUAUGGUGAUCCUCUGCAGCAUCCUCAGAAGGAGACUUACUGGGGAAACGUUAAUCCCAUCGGUGUCCGAAGUUGCUACGAUGAGGGAAAGCGUACGGCUGAGACAUUGACUAUGGAUUAUCACCGAGGGGCUGAAGUGGAGGUUAGAAUUGCUAGGAUCUUUAACACAUACGGACCCAGAAUGUGCCUAGAUGAUGGACGUGUUGUUAGUAACUUUGUUGCUCAGGCAUUGAGGAAGGAGCCUUUGACAGUUUAUGGGGAUGGGAAGCAAACAAGGAGUUUCCAGUAUGUCUCUGACUUGGUGGAGGGUCUAAUGCGCCUUAUGGAAGGAGAACAUGUAGGACCUUUCAACCUUGGAAAUCCUGGUGAAUUUACCAUGCUUGAACUUGCCAAGGUGGUCCAAGAAACAAUUGACCCAGAGGCCAAGAUAGAAUACAGGCCCAAUACAGAGGAUGACCCACACAAGAGAAAGCCUGAUAUAACUAAGGCCAAGGAGCAACUUGGCUGGGAACCCAAGGUGGACCUGCAUACGGGCCUCCCACUCAUGGUUUCUGACUUCCGGCAACGUAUUUUUGGGGACCAUAAGGAGGGUGGAACAGUGGCCUAAUUCUUGAUGGUGGUAUGUUUAUGUCAUGUGUACCUUAGAGAGUGAGAGGGAAAAUAUUAGUCUGAGGAUAACAACACUAGGGUGUUGUUUCCCAUUAGUGACAGCAGCAUAUGAGCUCUUCUUGAGUGUCCCUUUUGUUGUUCCUUCUCCAGCAUAUUUUCUAUCUUUCAAGAAUUUAUUGAUAGCCAUAGCCAGCCAUGAUUUCAUUUAUCAAUUUCCUGCCAUCUAUAUGGUUCUAUUUCUAUUUUUUUUUGAUGUUAUUGGUAUGUACAAGUGACUACAGUUAUAGUUAUUACAACAUUUUACCUUGUUA